GAACGUACCGGUGGCUGAAACAGCACUGAUGGAGUGCAAGGACAAGAUCUUCAACUUCCGUUGGGAGAAGGGAACCCUCAAGAACUAUCCCUUUGAGAUAUCCAUCGCGGUGAUGGACACCUCGCCCUUGGAUCACCCCGCGGGCUUGCUCCGCGUCAGCCCGGAAGAGUACGAGCAGGCGUUCUUGUUGUGGAUGGCCGAGAAGUUGGACAGUGGCGCAGAUGACACGGACAAGGAAGCAAUGAAGCGAUUAUUGACCUCGAUCCCCUUCCGAUUCCAUGUUUUAGCCAGCGAAGACGCAAGGUUUUUCCACAUGGCCAAUCUUCGAGAGGUAGUGAAGUCGUUCAAGCUCGUGGGCAGAUCGGCGAUCCAACGGAUCUUCGAGCUCGAAGGCUUCAGGUUGCGCAAGCUGAAAAGCCACGGACCGGGUGGAUGCGACCCAGCGCAGCUGGCACAGCAGUUCAUGAAGGAGCUGCCAACGACAUCCGGCGAAGAAGAUGUGACGUCCGAGACUUAUAUCAAAAACGCCUUCAAAGUCUUGGAGAAUGUCUUGGCCGUGGAUGAGGUGAAGCAGAUCAUUCUGGCCUGCGAGCGCGAGUACGGGAAGCUCAGCCCGUUUUACAGCAUGUCCCAGCUCGAGGCACUCAUGGCGAAGACCAAAGAUGCCGGCCAACUGGCCUGGGCGGUGGAUGCCAUCAAGUUCUAUGUUGACCGGAAAUUCGCCACCUCCGGCGAAAUGUCCGCGAGGAACUUGACUGGCAAGACCACCAACAACAGAGGGCUGCUGGACGUCAUGCUGGAGAAGCAGAAGAUGCUUGAGCACCUCUUGCAUCAGUGGCUGGAACAGCAAGCCUUGGACGCGGAGUCCAAGGCGGUGAUCCGUUCGGUGAGCUCGCCCGGCAGAGCUGCGAAGUUUUUCGACAAGAACUCCGCGUGGAAGGGCAGCGUCCAGCCAGGCUCGCAGGAGAUCCUUGACUUCAUGCGCGGAGUCAUCUUUGGCCCGCGCUUCGACGGGCAGCUGAGGCAUCUCAUGAAGAGUGGGAAGACUGCUGCCGAGCUCUUCGCGACGGAGCCCUUCCAGUCGGAGAUACUCCGUAUCGAGGAGGACGUGCAGCAGCAUGCCCCAGAGGCUGUUGCUGCGGCCGCUGGAACAGCGCGUGCGCCAGCCGCUGGAACAGCAGAGGAGGAGGCGGGCUUCGCGGACAUGCUCACCUCCGUCUUGACGGCGGAGGAGCUGGAGAAAGACACCGACAGCGCUGUCGAAGGCUUCCUAGAGAAGGCAGACUCACUCGUCCGGCGCUACAUCACAACGGUCACUGAGGUGGAGUCCGGCUCGGAGUUCGUGGACAUGCUGAAGGAGAAGUCCGUGUGGAAGAUGAGCAGAGUGGGCGUGAUGUAUGCCGUGCAGCACGCAGGCGAGAGCGAUUCGCUUCCCCACUGUCGUACCCCGAGAUUUCGGUACGAGCACAUGCGGAAGUACUUCAACGGCAUCUUGGGUCGGAACGGCGAGGGAGAUGAGAGCUUUCCUUCCAACAUGCUCUUUUUGUUGCUUUAA